GGAAAUCGCAGCCGUGCUGGAAUCAGAGACUUUCUGCUGCCCUUUGGCUCCCAACAUGCCUCACAUUGACAAUGACGUCAAACUGGACUUCAAAGAUGUCCUGUUGAGGCCCAAACGCAGCACUCUGAAAUCACGAAGUGAGGUGGAUCUCACAAGAUCCUUUUCAUUUCGAAACUCCAAACAGAAUUAUACUGGAAUCCCGGUCAUUGCUGCCAAUAUGGACACGGUGGGCACCUUUGAGAUGGCCAGGGCUCUGUGUAAGUUCUCACUCUUCACUGCUGUCCAUAAACAUUACAACCUUGAGCAGUGGAAAGAGUUUGCAGGCCAGAACCCUGAGUGUUUGGAGCAUUUAGCUGCUAGCUCAGGCACGGGUUCUUCUGACUUUGAACAGCUGGAACAGAUCCUGGAAGCUAUUCCACAGGUGAAAUACAUCUGCCUGGAUGUAGCAAAUGGCUAUUCUGAACACUUUGUUGAGUUCGUAAAGGAUGUUCGGAAGCGCUUCCCGGGACACACCAUCAUGGCAGGAAACGUGGUAACAGGAGAGAUGGUGGAAGAGCUGAUCCUUUCUGGGGCUGACAUCAUCAAAGUAGGAAUUGGACCAGGCUCCGUGUGCACCACCCGGAAGAAAACUGGGGUGGGCUAUCCACAACUCAGUGCAGUGAUGGAGUGUGCAGAUGCAGCUCAUGGCCUCAAAGGCCACAUCAUUUCAGAUGGAGGCUGCUGCUGUCCUGGGGAUGUAGCUAAGGCCUUUGGGGCAGGUGCUGACUUCGUGAUGCUGGGUGGCAUGCUAGCAGGGCACAGUGAGUCAGGUGGCGAACUCAUCGAGAGGGAUGGCAAGAAAUACAAGCUCUUCUAUGGGAUGAGUUCUGAGCUGGCCAUGAAGAAGUAUGCUGGGGGUGUGGCUGAGUACAGGGCCUCUGAGGGAAAGACGGUGGAAGUACCAUUUAAAGGGGAUGUGGAGCACACCAUCCGGGACAUCCUGGGAGGCAUCCGCUCCACAUGCACUUAUGUGGGAGCAGCAAAGCUCAAGGAGCUGAGCCGCAGAACGACCUUCAUUCGUGUCACCCAGCAAGUGAAUCCAAUCUUCAGUGAGGAGAGCUAGACUUGUGCUCUUGUGCACGAGCAGCCCACCCCAGAGCCUCCCAAGUGGACCCCUCACAUGUUCCAGAUACUACGGCUGCUUUUUAAUUUGUGAUUUCCUGUGUCUCACUCCUGAGGGGUUCCUGAGUUAUUCUGCCCUCUAAAGACCAAUGCCAUGAUUGCAAAGGAAGCAAGACAGGCUGAGAAAACAAAACUGGUCUGUGGGAACCCAGGGAGCCAGCAUUGGAAAGAUUGAAAUGAAAAGAGUUUUCUAUGACCUUAGUCUAGAAGGGGAAGGCUAUUAGAAUCAUGUUAUUAAAUAGGUAGGCACUGCGGACAUGUUCACACAUUUUGAGUACCUCAAUAAAGAGAACUCCCAAUAAUUAAA